CUCACACUCAGGGCAAUGUCCUGACAAAUACUUUCUCCUGGUCAAACACACCAGUCUGUGCCUGUCUCAGCAGCCAAAAUGGAGGACGAGGACAAUUCGGGGGACACUUUUGAUGAUAGAUUUAAUCAACGAGUUAAUGAAGAGGAUUUCAACACAGAUGAGAACACAAUCUACUCAAACCAAGGGAUGCAAAAAGGUAAUGUAGACAGCCUGUGAGUCUGUGAUCUGUCAUUAGCUACUCGUGCUAGGUUCUGAAAUGGUCUAGGCAAACACAAGACCAGUUUGAGUCUUUAAAGCUGUUUUAAUCAUGUGACAACAAGUUGUGGACCGUACCAUAUAACCACAGAAAUUAGACCCAUUGUCUACAGUGAAUAACCAAAAUCACAUUAAAGCGUCUCUGUUGGCCUCUUCGUUACCCAUAUUAAUCGUCUUCUAAUAGUUUUGAUUAUAUUGUGUUGUUUAAAAAGGCUGUGGCUCUCAUAUUGAUCCACUCUCCCUCUGUGUAGUGUCCAUGACUGUACCUGAAUCCAAUCUGAAACAUUAUAAACUCCUCGCAUUUGGCCUGGCAGUGCUGGCUGUCAUUCUUUUAGCUGUUGACAUUGGCCUGGGAGUCUACUGUAAGUACUGAAUUAAUAAAACACUCCUUGAUUUAUACAUUGUCAUAAAAUUAAAUGGUGUUAAGAUAUUAUGGUUUGACAUCAAAUUUGGAAUUCACAAUGCUAAAACCAUUACUUGAGUUUUUGAUAAGUUGAGGAAAAAUCAAUUUUAAAGUAGACUAAAAGAAUGGUUAAAGGUUUGACAUCUGUUAUUAAGUUUGUCACAUGAUGGCUAUUAGGGUGAUAACAUCUGAUAUCAGGUUGUUUUCACUGCACCCAAAUGGGAAACCAGAAAAUAGAGAUUUUAUAGAAUAUUUUGAUUAAUAAAAUGUUUAUUAUAAUUCUUAGCGCCACCAUGACAGCCCAGGAGCUCAUUGUUUUGAACAAAAGUGGUUUGAUACCUGACUAAAAAAGAAUCUCUUGUGUUUUAUGUGUCAAGAUUAUCUGAGAUGAAGCCAUUAGGAAAUCAAAUAUGUACAAAAUGAACUAUAAACUACUGUUAGGGUGAAAAUUUUGGCCCCUGCUUAUAAGUAAUACUUCAUCUCCUUUCCUUACAGAUUACACACUUAGCAAUGGGCUUUACUUAGUAACGGAUAUCAACAGUGAGUUGACCAAACUGCAUGCUUCUUACAACAAGGCAGAACAAAAAAGGGAUGACGCCAGGAGAGAGUUGGCAAGAGUGAUUGAUGAGCAGCAGCUUACCAAAUGGGAACUGGAACACCAGAAAAAAAGAUGCGAUUCCUACAAAAAGGAGGUCGAGAAAAUACAGGUUGAAAUUGCAACAUUAAAAUCCCAUCUGCCAAUGCUGGGUGAGAGCUUUAGUUUUUUGAUACAUUGAUACUGAACUUACUGUGCUGACAUUAUUAUUCUUACUUGACCUUGAGCAUAAACACAUCAUGUUUUCACUGUCAUAGGAGAGGGCUGCAAACACUGUUUAGCCGGAUGGACUUUCAUGAACUCGGCAUGUUACUACUUCGCCUUUUCCAGUAAUCAAGUACGCAGAUCGUGGUCGGAUGCAAGGGCCUUCUGCAAGCUGCGUGGAGGCGACUUGACAGUGAUAGACAGCAGAGAGGAACACGUAAGAGUCCAGACACAUUAGUAUCCCGAGACAAAACCUGAAAUACACUUUUGGCAAGCUUUGCUUUAUGUUUUAAGACAGAAAUGCCAACAAAAUUAAUCACUUUUUUUUUGCUUUUAUGUGUUUGUGUCUGUGUUUACAUGUACUGGUGAUCAGAUGGCAAUCUAUAUGUUGAUAAGAAAUUAUCGUGACCCCAGAGCAAUGAUUUCCAUAAGUGGUUUCUGGAUCGGCCUGACAGAUAUGGAUAAUGAGGGGGAUUGGAGGUGGCUGAAUGGAGCGAGACUGACUGAUAGGUAACAGUUCCACACUUGUAGACACCACUCUUUAAAAGAAAUGAGAAAUGAGUUGGUUUAAAUGCAAAACCAUUGAACAGAUGUCAACCCAAUCCAUCCUGACCUGUUAUUUGUUUUAGUUACUGGAAUACAGGAGAGCCCAACGAUAUGGGACAGGAGGACUGUGCAGCCACAUAUCCCAGAGAUAACCCCUUUUUUGCCUGGAAUGAUGCUCCAUGUGGUCAUGAUCUGAAAUGGAUUUGUGAAAUGGAGCCAAGGUUUUCCAGUUGAAUUCUUCAAACAAAGAGUUGUCUCUUUUUUGUCUUGAAUAGUUCUUUUUAUUGUCACUUCAGUAUUUGUUGAGACUACAAAUGACAAAUGUGAGAUAUACAUUAGAUUUAUGAUUGACCUAUAAAAUAUGUUACAUAUUUUACUGUAAUAAAUAAACUCUUUACAAUAUAAAACAGUAUGUUUUACUCUUCUUCAGGUUAUCAGUUUAUCAAAAAACAAAUACUUUCAAGUAUACUGCACAUAACAUGAACAAAGCAGUAUUUAGAAUAUUGAGACAAAUGCAACGGGUGAUUAUAAGAUAGGCAAAUCACCAGUUGGUAGAAAAAGACAGAUGUCCCAGUAGUUUCCUGAAAGCAAGGCCAAAACAUUUAAAGCUCCACAUGGUGAUUGGCUGCAGUGGAGAUAAAAAAGCAAACCUCCCCUUCAUAUAAUAGAUAAGAUGUGGGUAGAAGAUGGCUUCUCUUUUAUAGCGUGCUCUUAUUGCACUCAUUUGAAUCUAAAUAUUGAUUUUCCAAGAAGUAAAGAUUUCAUAAAUCAUUUGAUGCUAAAAUUGGGGUUUGACACCACGAUCCACAGCUCUGAUUAUAAAUAUGGCUCCUGCUGUGCUGUGUGCACUGGACCCUCAGAGUAGGGGAGAAAAGGUGAAAUAGACUUUAAGAGUCAUUGGACUUUAAAUGGCAGAGAGCCUGUUUUUUAUCAACCCAAGAACCUGAUACCAUGUAGAGGUUUGCCAUUUUAGAGGUAAGUUAAAUAUGUUUCAGUUUGCAGAAGAGACAGGACAUUAACACUGUACAUCGACUGAUCUCUGCUGCACAGACUAUGGCUCUAAAUGGUCAAAUGUCAGUGCACAUCGUGCGGGGGAGUCAAUUCAGUUAAUCACUGGAGCCUCGGGCAAUUUCCAAAUGCCAUCAUAAACCCUUUUUAACCUGUGAAUUUACUAAGAAGGGUAAGAUUGUGACAGUAGGUUCGAUAGAUAAAGAGGGUGCAAACAAAAAGACAUACCAUAAUGAGACCAGACACAUCUAAGUCAGAGGACCACACAGGACUCUACAAACACUGUUACACUAUCAGAAUGUAUUUGAUAAACUGGUAACUUACUGAAGAAAUCCCAUAUGCCAACAUUUGCCUUAUUUACCUGUUACUGUCUCUGUUUUGUAUUAAUUGUAUAUUUUUAAAGAAAUCCGGUCUGUUGUUUAUAGCACAGAAAAGUGCUGCCGCAGUUGCCUCAGAAGUUGCUGAGUGUCGACAUGCUCCGGGAAGGAGUCCUCAGACUUCUGUGCUGCAGUGUAGCUGCUCUGGAGGUCUCCAAUCUGGGCACAGAUGCAAAAACCUCACUUCAACAGGUGGUUAACAUGGCGGUUAUACUUGUUUUGUUUUAGCUGCUGGGCUGUGUUGAAAAUAUAUAUAUAAUUUAAGCAGUGAGACAUUACCUUUUCAGAGAGAAUGGAGAGGUUGAAGUGUGGUUCGUACAUGUGAGGGGCCAACGAUUCAGCAGUCUGUAGGAAGGCUUUAGCCUAGAAGAGAGGACAUUCAUUCACUGAUUUUCAAAUACAGCUCUUGGGGAGGAAAUUAAUACCUGACGAAUACGCUGCUUUUUGGGUCUGAAAAGCUUGACUUCACUACCUUUGAUGCAUUUUUCCUGAUUUGAAAGAGAGCCAGAAUCUGUUUUCAGUUUUAGCUUGUACUUUCUUACUUCUUGGUGGGGUUUUAUCUGAAGAACAAUUUUGAUGUCUUCAAAAUCAGACAUCUAAAAUACCACACUGCCAUUUUGUUUGUGGAACGGCCUUUAUGACAUAAUACAGCCUUAAAAGGCAACUAAUAUAGAUAUAAACUGAGUCAAUAUUACCCUAUUCUCUUGUCCUCUCACUUAUUUCGGCUUGAAUUACCAUGACAGUAGCAUAACAUGAAGCUAAAAGGAUAGCAUCUAAGCUGCAUGUGAUACUUCAAAGCAUUCUGAAAAUACUCUUUUGUCAUGGAUUUGAUGUAUUUAAGUUAUAAGAUAGGGCUGCACAUAGUUUGGAAAUGAUAGUCAUCUGUGCUUUUUUUUUAUUGUCAGGGAAAUUUUUUGUUGUUAAAUUAAAAAAAUACAUAAA